GCUUGGGAAAGCAUCGGCAGGGCGCGGAACUGCCCGAACACCUACGGGCCAUCAGUUUAUCUCGUGCGCGUAUCGCGGUUGCUAUGUUCCAACGCUGGAAAAAUCUCCAACUGCACGCGGGAAAUCGGAGCAUGUCAAUCGCAGCGCCGCUGUGAAGUUGAACGUCUGUUUAAAGAAAACCUUUCGCGUUGGAUGAAUCGCACCUCGCACCACCCGGUGUUGUCACCGUGCACCUGACCGAUUUCGGUUCUGGAGCGCCGCCCAAAACUACGCCGUCCCGUGACUAUCUGAAGAGCUGCCAAUGGUUCUCCUUUGCCUGAGGACAGAGCGACGGGACACACUGGUGAAAAUAUGCAGGAGCCACAAAGUGCCACUGGUGCCUCUGUGCCAUCGGAUGCUGCACAUAACACAGAAACACAACAACUACACACAACCGGUGACUCAGCUGGUGUUCCUGGUACAUCAAAAGAAAACACCAAACCGCUACCAAAUGCCCUGGACGCUUCAACCACAGCCGAGAGAAAGCCUCUGGCAUCGUCAAAUGACGGCCAAGAGGAGGCAACGUCGUCUCCACUUCAGCCCAAAGAUCAAGCACAGGCUGAGGCUAACAAAGCAGAGCAAGCUUCAGUGAAUACACCAGAAGGUGAACCAAGCACAAAUGAAAUGUGUCCAGGGCAGGCAUCUGACUCAAAUGUUAUGCAGGCAGCUUUGCAGCCACAAGGGCCUAUGGAUGUGCAACCUGGAAGCCCUGGAGAUGUUGGCACAGACAAAUCUUUGCUAGUAAAAGCCCAGCGUUCAACAGAUGACAUCCAUCUCAUUGUUGAAACUGAGGAUCAACAUACUAGCCCGAAUCGCUCGGGAACUAUGGAGCGUAGUGCAUCCGACCCCGAAAUCUGCAGUUCUUCGAAUGCGGUGAAGGGCAUCGAUCUUGACGCCAUUUUUUCAAAGUCGCUUGAAUGCGUUGCCUUGCCUGCCGCAGAAGGUGCUAUAGAUAAUGACAUUUCCAAACGGCCUCAUCAUCAUCGUGGAGCCAUGAUGCGGUCUCGAACACUGUCGGUCGUGUCUCUGCUGUCCAGUCGCAGAACGGCAAAGUUUCGCCUCUCGAGAUCCCAAAAACUCACCCUGUUCUGUCUUUGUUUAGUCAACUUUACAAGCUACAUCAGUUAUUCUGUGAUUGCGCCAUUCUACCCACAAGAGGCCGCUUUCAAGGGAAUGCGAGAAGCAGUGUCUGGAUUUGUCUUCAGCGUUUACGCAUUGACAAUGAUGAUAUUUGCCCCUAUUUUUGGAAAACUGGUUCCCAUCUUAGGUGCAAAAUUAAUAUUCUUCACUGGCAUCUUAUGUGCUGGAGGAGCAAAUAUCAUGUUUGGUGUGCUUGACUUGGCUGAUGACACACUUGUCUUCACUGCGCUGUCAUUUCUUAUCCGGAUCCUAGAAGCAAUCGGUGCAGCAGCUUUCUCCACGGCAUCGUACGCUAUAGUUCUUCAUGUGUACCCUGACCACAUAAGUACCGUCUUUGGUAUUAUCGAAACAUCAGUUGGUGUUGGAAUGAGUAUUGGCCCUGCCCUAGGUGGUGCUCUCUACAGUGUUGGUGGAUUUGGACUUCCAUUUUACAUAUUGGGUAGCUGUGUCCUGUCAACAUUCCCGAUAUGCUGGUUUAUCAUGAAGGACAUCCAAGUGCAGGCAUUAGAAACAAGAAAGGAGUCCUAUUUUACUCUCCUCAAAAUACCACAAGUAAUCAUCGUUUCAUUAAUAUUGGUCGUCGGGUCUCAGUCGCAGGGUUUCGUUGAGCCAACGUUGGAGCCCCACAUGCGGAAGGAAUUUGAUGUGGACACCAGCAUUGUUGGCAGCUUUUUUCUAGUGAUGUCAGCCAUUUUCUCCAUAUGCUCUCCUCUAGUCGGUUUCAUCUGUAUGAAGACAGAACAACGGAUACCAAUCAUGAUUAUUGGUUUGAUCAUAAUGGCAGGAGCACAAAUGUUCAUGGGGCCUGCACCAUUUUUAGGCAUCCCCAGCAACCUCUGGGCCACUCUGGCUACAGUCGCAGUCCUUGGGGCCUCUUUUGCCUUUGCCUAUGUACCCACAAUGGAGAGCAUGAUUCGGGCGGCAAUCACUGGUGGCAUGGAAGAGGACAUUGGAACAUAUGCCCUCGUGUCUGGCUGGUGGAACUCAAUGUAUUCCUUAGGUGAAGUGAUCGGGCCAUCAGUAGGAGGUGUCCUGUUGGACUUGAUUGGCUUCCCUUGGGCCAGCACGGUCAUGGCAGGAGGAUCUUUGCUGACUGCGUUUGUGGCAACCCUUUACUGGUGUUGCGCAUCUCGAACUGAGCCCGAGUCCUUCUGGCACAAGGGCCAGGCUUCAUCAAACAGCAGUAGUGAAGACAGCAGCAGCGUCGUCUCUGAACCACUUGGGGAGACAACGGCACUUCUUGGGAAACGGAAGAAAGAUUUGCACUACAACUCUCUUUAACCUGUUGCGAGGAUUCAGCUAGAAGAGCACAAAGAACAACAAGGUUAAGCGACUUCAUGUCGCAGUAGGUUCCUAUGUACAAAAUGCUGUGCUAAUAAGGGUGGCGCGUAAGCAGGAAAGCUCUUUCUUUUAAAUUAGAGCAUUACCUUGUUGACACUGACUUUCAAGCAGCCAUUGCAUUUUACAGAACAUUUACUUAUUACUUACUAUGUUUAGAUGCUGUACUUGAUUCUUCUUCAAAACGGGCGAUCCAUACCCAUGGCACUUCAAGACUGCUUUCCGCGGAAGUAACGGUGGUACUUUCUAUACCAAGAGCAAAAUGCCACAAUUAAGACAUGCUGUAAGUGGGGUUAGAACCGUGUCUUGUACUACGAUAAUGUGCCGUAAAGAAGCUAAGCAAUCGUAGCAGAUUUCAUGAGGUGCACUUUCAGCAUGUCUGUUAAUGAUGUUGCCAGUGUUCAAUAAUUUUUUUCUUUUCAUUUUUUUUACAUUUUGACAGUGUAUCAUUAAACUGUGUAAUGUUGAUGUGCGCUAGACCAAAAAGGCACGUAUGGAAGCAAACAUUGUGGUAGACGAAUAAUGUGCACAUCUAGAUGCCUCCUCUGUGAGGAAUUUAAGCUUAAGAAACAGAGUAGUUUAGUUGGUAAAGUCAUCCCUCGUCAGUACGACGCCAGGCAGCUUACAUGAAGAACAAGCAUUAGCUUAAAAGCAAACCUGCAUGAACAAAUGGGGUGGGUAGAAUUUAGUUGCAAGUUCACAUUUACUGGAAUGUAUACAGCAAACCAUAAAUAAUACAAGCGUGCAGACUAAGUGAAGGAGAGUGCCUGCAUAUGUGAUAGUAGCAACACCAUUACCAUUGUGCCUUUGAAUUACUUGGAUUUAUGUGACACCAGGCAACGCCUCAUUUCCUGAAAUGUCCUAAUAGUAUGCAAAAGUAUACAGAGUGUUGCAUGCUUCAACUGUCGCAGUGAAAAAUGUUGCGUGCCAUUUGUAUCAGAGUGUUAUGUCAAUGCGUUAUUUCACGUUUGGCGACAGUUGCCAAAUUUCCACAAGUUUUUAGAGAAUACUGUUGUACACUAAUUUAGAGAGGCAAUCACUGCAUGUCAUUCCCAGAGAUUUUUAGAUUUUAUUUGGAGAGGGGAGCACUGCAUGUCAAUCCCAGAGAUUUUUAAUUUUAUUUUAUUAUAUGUGAACAAUAAAGAAUGGAAAAAAAAGACUUCCUAUGGAGUUGCAUUAA